AUGGCAGAUUAUGUGAUUGAACAAACUAAAAAAUCGAUGGAAGAAAGCUCCGAAGAAAAUCAAAUUAUUUUAAAUCCUCAAGUUGCUGAAAUACACAUUGGCCAAGUUUUUGCAAACAAGGAAACCCUCCAACAAGCAGUAAGCCUUCACUCAAUAAGAUACAAUCAACCUUUCAAGGUAAAAAGAUCAUCAAAACUAGACUAUAAACUAGUCUGUAUUGAUGAUAACUGCAACUGGACAUUCUUAGCAUCAAAACAUGGAAAGACUGACAUGUUUAUCAUAAGAAAAAUAGAGCAUACUCAUACAUGUUCAUUGGACAUCACUUCUGGAGACCAUCCUCAAGCUACAAGCAACCUGGUUGGAAAGGUUAUAAAAAACAAGUUUGUAAACCCAAAAAGAGAUUACACUCCAACAGAAAUUGUGGAUGACAUGGCAGAUGAUUACAGUGUCUCUAUAUCUUACCAAAAAGCAUGGAGAGCUAGAGAAAAGGCAAUUAUGGAUGCUCGUCGCUGCCCACAAGAAUCAUACAGUGAGAUACCAUCAAUUUUAUACAUGAUGCAAAUAUCAAACCCAAGAACAAUCACAGACCUAGUAACAGAUGAAGAUAACAAAUUCAAAUAUCUAUACUUUGCAGUAGGUGCUUCAAUAAAAGUAGUAGAUUCCGAAAAUGACAGCUCUUGGGAAUGGUUUCUUCACAAAAUAAAGGAAACUUAUGGCGAAAGAAAAGAUCAAUGCAUCGUAUCAGAUAGACAUGAGAGUAUACUAAAAGCAGUAAAAGAGACCUUUCCAGAUAUAAUGCAUGGGGUAUGUUGUUACCAUUUGAUGAAGAAUAUAAAAAUGAAAUUCAAAAAAGGAGGUGAUGAGCUCAAGAUUGCAUUUAAUAGUGCAUCUAAAGCUUACAACAUAGAAGAUUUUGAAAAGAGCAUGCAAGACUUGGACAAUAUAGAUGUAAGAAUAAGAGAUUACUUGGUGAAUUAA